AUGCAUAAUCUUUUUCUGGGAACACCAAAGAGAAUGAUUGAAACAUGGACAACAAUGAAAAAAAUGAAAAACAAUGAUCUGCUUGCAAUGCAGACAGUUGCAGCAACGAUGAUAUUGCCCAGUGACUAUACCAAGCUGAAAACGAAGAUAGGAAAGGGCUUUUCCCACAUGAAAGCAGAUGAGUGGAAGUCUUGGGUAUUGGUGUACUCUCCCGUGCUUCUAAAACCAGUUCUUCCGUCCAAUAUGUUCAAUGGCUGGAUGCACUAUGUAAAAGCAUGCCGUAUACUUACCAAGCACACAGAUAUCUACAAGAAUUCUGUCAAUCUUGUGAAGAUACAUAUGAACCAAAAGUCCUCACCUGCAACAUGCACCUGCACCUCCAUCUUCAUGACACAAUUCGUGAUUUUGGACCCGUGUAUGGCUAUUGGCUCUUUGGUUUUGAGAGAUACAAUGGUUUGUUAA